CUUCCAGUUAUUCUAUAGAGCAGCUAGCAGGUUUUCGCCUUUAAGACGUUGGUCUGGAUGUACAUCUAUUAUUCAGAAUUUUUUUAAAAAACAGCAGUCGGAGAAGGAGGGCUCUGAAAAGACAGCCUGAGAUCCAGCCGGCCCCCCCGGGGAACAAAAGAUGUGAAAAAAAAUGGCACAAGGGAUCGCGAGGAGGAAGAUGGUGCAGCCUUGAAUGAGGAGCCGCCGUCCUCCUCUAAUUCCCCGGCGCAAGGAUGCAUUCGGUCCAGAAGUCCUUGUGUGCCCUGCUGGUGCUGACAGCAUCCCUGGCUUUCCUCUAUCUCCACGUUUGGUCGCCCAAACCCUACAGCACAGUGGACCUACGCCAUCGACCUGAGCAAGCGCCUGACCAACUGCUGAAGGACCACCUGCCGCUGCCCGACAAUAAAUAUGCCCACAUUGCCUUCCGAGUCAAGGAGGAGAUCUUGGAGCUUCUUCCUAAAAACUCUUGCAAAUGCAUAGCAGAACCAAGCAUGAACCUUCCUUUCCAAAGACAGCUCUUUGGCAAGGUCUACUCGCUGGAUUUUGCUACAGCCUUCAGCCCUUCCAAACUGCCAGACAUCAACCACAAGCGGGAGCAGGAGUAUCGCAGUUACUGGCGGAGGUCCCAUUCUCCAGCUGACCAACUCCUCAUAGUCCAAGCCAACUCUCCACUGGAAUAUCCGUCCCAAGGGGUGGAAGUCCGGCCCCUUCAGACCAUCCUCAUCCCUGGUCUGAGCUUACAGGCAGUUGACAGAGCAUCGUAUCGGAUCAACCUAUCAGCUACAAUGGGCACCUUUGAUGUAGCUGCCGAAGUGGAAGGGGUCAAGGUGGAAGGGGAAGGGGAAAUGCACCUCACUCUGUCAGGACCACACCUGGACAACAUCAACCGGCAAAUGCAGUUUGUCACCUACACCAACACACUCUUCCAUCCCAACACAGUGGACACAGUGCAGUUUUCUACCGAUGGGCACCAGGCAACUUUCAUCAUCCACAUCCGCCAUGUGCCCACCCCCAGGCUCUACAACCCAGGAUCGUCCAGAGGAGGAGAGAGUGGAGCAGAAUACAACAUCAGCACCCUGGUCACCAUUGCCACCAAGACCUUCUUGCGCUACGACAAGCUCCGGACCAUGAUCGACAGCGUCCGCAAGUUUUACCCCACGGUGACCAUCAUCAUCGCUGAUGACAGCCAGACCCCUGAGCGUGUGGAGGGGCCGUACAUCGAACAGUAUUUAAUGCCCUUUGGCAAGGGCUGGUUUGCUGGCAGGAAUCUCGCCAUCUCCCAGGUGACCACCAAAUACGUUCUGUGGGUGGACGAUGAUUUCAUUUUCACGCCUCGCACCAAAGUGGAGAAGCUGGUGGAUGUCCUUGAGAAGACUAGCCUGGACCUAGUGGGCGGAGCUGUCCGAGAGAUCACCGGCUACACCAACACCUACCGGCAGCGGAUCAGCGUGCAGCCUGGGGACGAAGACGGGGAUUGCCUGUGGAUUCGGCAGGGCUACCACCAUGUCAUCGAGGGCUUCCCGAGCUGCGUGGUCACUGACGGGGUGAUCAACUUCUUCCUGGCCCGAACGGAUAAGGUGCUGCAGGUCGGCUUCGACCCCCGCCUCAGCCGCGUCGCUCACCUCGAGUUCUUCAUCGACGGCUUGGGUGUGCUGCAUGUGGGCUCCUGUUCCAACGUGGUGGUGGACCACGCCUCCAAGAUCAAGCUCCCAUGGCUCAAGACAGACAGCGAGAAGCAGUAUGCCAAAUUCCGCUACCCCAACUCGAGCGACAACAGCAUGAUCAUGAAGCACAGCUUCUUCUACUUCAAGAACCGGCUCAAGUGCAUGACGGGCAAUUAGUCCACGGCCGGCAGGAUGUCGAGAACUCACCCACGACAGCCGGCCAUGUCCUCAGGCAUCCGAGCCCGCUGAUCUCAGGCGGCCCGUUCUGGCAACCAGCCACAGCCCUUGGGCCAAUGGUCUUGCCCGUCAACUAGCUGCCACCCCCUCCACCUCCGAACUCAGGGAGGCCUCAGCAUCCUCAGGCCUUGGGAUUUGGAAAGCGGGCAGCCAAUCCCUUCCCUACCAUACCUUUAAAAAAAAAUCCUUUUUUUAGCACAAAGGAGCGGCUACGCUGUCUUUGUUCCCGAGCCUGGCACUGGUUAGGUGCUGCCUUCUCUUGCAUUUAUAGAUCUUGUUCUCUGAAAUGGAGAACCCUAAAUUGGGAAUGACACUGGGAAACUGGGAGGUUAUUUUUCACCCCCCCACACACACCUCCUUUCCUGAUUGGGAAUAACCCACUUCUCUAAUAAAUCUGUGAGCUUCCUUCAGCCUGUCCCCUUCCCCCCCCCCCCCCGCAAAGCACGUGCUCUCUCACUCUCUCUCUCUCUCUCACACACACACACACACACGCACACAACAGCCCUGGAUAUCCUAACUGCCUGUUUCAACUUCAUCUAACAGAGGAGGAUACAAUCCGUGUCCGUGGAUGGGUGUCUGUGGAGAGGCUGGAGGGGGAAUCAUACUUGAACUCUGGAGGCGUUCCGCAGUGCCACCACUUUCUGUGCCAACAAGUCUUUGCAUCUGUGCCCCCUUCCCCUGAACUCCCGCCAAGGGGGUGGUCAUCACCCCCUGCAGAUGUUUUUAUUUUGUUUUAUUUUUCUUUGAAGUGCCAAAGACUACAGAGACAACCGGGGGAAGCCUUUGGGGGGGGGGGGGGGAAGCGUGCGUGCCUGUGACAAAGUGAACGUCAAGAGGGGCAGGAGCGGACGCGCGCGCACUCGGGAUUCGAGACGUUCCAGGUUUUCCCUCUCCCUGCGACGACCACAGCGACGCGAAUGGCAGUCUACAUGUUCGCCGACUUGGGCAGAGCGAGCCGGCGCGCACUCCAGGUUCUAGGUAUUUCAGGUUCGCCGUUUGCUGCAGCGACAACAAGAACAAACUGUGUGUUCAAAAGAUGCAGCCUCAAAAGACACAGGAGGGACGGGGACAGACUAUGUUUCUUUUCUAACGAAGCGGGACUUUUUUAUAUGCUGCAAGCAGACAGACAGUCUGCUAAAGACUGUACUUUUUUUUAAUUUAAGCCAAAUCCAUUUGCCAAGCCCUUCCCUUCUUUUCCUUCUUGUCCCCAACCUUGCAAGCUCCCGCAUAGCUGCUCUUCCUACAAUGCAUGGGGGAGGAGGGUGUCGGUCUAGCGGCAAGACGGUAACAGUGGAAGCUACAGCCAAUCAGGCCACCUUUUUAUAUUUCCCCCACCCCCCACCCUUCCCCUAUCCUGAUGUGUGUCCGUGAAGAGGCGGCAGGAGCCCUUGCCCACCUGGAGUCCUGAAAUGUACUGAUCGGCAGUGACAGUUAAUAGACCUCACCCACUUCCCCAGGUUAUUUCUGCAGA